AUGCAGGCGGCGAAGGAGAAGGUGAAGGACGGGGUGAGCGCGGUGAAGGCCAAGACCAAGAUCGCGCAGGCCAAGGCGUCGGAGAAGGCGGAGGCGGCCACGGCGAGGUCGCACGCCGAGCGGGAGCUGGCGCACGAGCGCGGCAAGGCCAAGGUCGCCGCGGCCAAGAUGGAGCUGCACCAGGACAAGGCGCUCCACCGGGAGGAGGCCAUGGAGCACCGCAUCCACAAGCACGGCGGCCACGGCCGCCACCACCACAAGCACGGCGUCGGCAUCGUGGCCGCGCCCCCACCGGCAACUGGGGCGGGAGCCGGGGCGUACCACCAUCCUCCCGCCGCCGGUGGCCACUACUACUAA